AUGUUUUCUCUACCACGUGAAGUUCAACUUGAUAUUUUUAAAUUCCUCAGUUAUGAAAAAUUAUAUUCAAUCAAACAUAUGCAUUUAUAUUUUUGUGAUUUUAUUAAUAAUUAUGAAGAGGAACUUGCUCGGGAGAAAUUCUAUGGAAUUUCUAUUGUAAUAUUUCUAAAUUUAAUUUUUAAAAAAUCCUUUUACAAGGAUGUCGAUCGAUUCAAAAAAGGUCCUUACUCUAAAUUAAUUGAACCCAAAGCUAAAAAUUUUUUGCACUUUCCAUUGAAUGAAGAACUUGAAGAGAAGUGGAGAAACAGACGAGAAACGCAAAUUCCUUUGUAUUUAGUACCACGAAAGGCAGACAAUAUUGUUAUUUGUUUGUCUAAAGUAUAUGAAACUGAAUGUCAUCUUCUACAACUACCAAACUUUAUCAAAGAUAAAACAGACCUCAAAAUUAUUUAUUAUUAUUUAAAUAAAUUAUUUAAUUGUUAUUUUGAAGAAGGCAACUUUAGAGGAUUUAUACUCAAUCCUAAAUUGAUUCAAUUAUUAUUUGGAAAUGUUCCUAAACAAUUUUAUAUUCAAAACUCUUGGCUGUUUAUGGAUUAUGUUAUUGGGGAUAAAUUUCAAUUUAUUUUGAAUCAUCUAAUUAUUAGUGGAACUCUAACAAUUAAUUUUCCUCUAGAUAAGGACGCAACAAAAUAUACAGAUAUUUUAUUUAAAAUUUUAAUGAAUGGAGACAAGUUUAAUGAAGUUUGUUUAAAAUGUAUUAAUCUGCAAGAAAUUUUUGAUCGUAUUAUAGAUGUAAGUUUUUGUGCUUACUUUUAUAUUUUAGUUCAGACUGGUUUAAUUUAUUUGGUUAGUUAA